UUAUUUUGACAAUCGAAACAGCAACAAUGGCAGCUAAGUUCAUCACCGUCCUCUCCUUGGCCGUUGCCGUCUCCGCCGUACCUUUGGUGCCAGUCGCCAAAAUCGCGUACGCUGAACCUGAAGCUCCCGCUCACUAUGAGUUCCAAUACUCCGUCCACGAUGAGCACACCGGUGACAUCAAACAACAACAGGAAGCCCGCGCUGGAGAUGACGUACACGGGUCCUACUCCUUAGUCCAGCCCGAUGGUGUCCACCGUAUUGUUGAGUACACAUCUGACAAGGAAAACGGAUUCAACGCUAUUGUUCGUUACGAAGGACACCCCAUCCCCCAACCCUCGCCCGCUAAGAUCGCAUACGCUGCCCCAGCCAAGAUCGCCUACGCCGCUCCUGCCAAGAUCACCUACGCUGCACCUGCCAAGAUCGCAUACUCUGCUCCCGUUGCCUAUGCCGCUCCUGUAGCUAAGGUAGCAUACGCCCCGGUUGCCAAGGUCGCAUACGCUCAACCCCUCACUCAAGUGUCCUUCUCUUCACCGGUUAUCUCUUACCACCACUAGAUUUAAAAUCGUUAUUGUUUUCUAAUUUAUUGAUAUAAAUAGUUGCAAAUAAAUUGUUUGUUUAAGAUUUA